GACAAAUUCACAGCAGCCUCGCGCUGACCCAAAAAAGAGCGAUUCCAAUGUCAAACAAAGCAGCCAACUCAACCACAGCUGCUCAAACAUCAAUAUCAACGCCGGCGUGUGGAAAACACGGAGCAAACCCAUUCACCUUUUGCCUAUUGAUUCCUUCCUUUGUCUCCUCUUCUCUCAGCUCAGAUUUCUCUUGCCUUUUGGGUUUUCUUUGCAUUCCAUCUGAACAAGGUAUUGUUGGGUUCCGAAAGCAUUAACUGUUUUGAUUGACGAUAUCAUGUUCCAAGGUUGUGGUAGUUGAAGUCUGAGCUAUGAUCCCUGAUGUUGCUUCAAUGUCAUCUGGUGUAAACAAAAUGGACGUUUUCUUUAGGAACACAACAGAGGAGGCUCAACAUUCUCAGCAGAACAUUAUUAUGUGCCCAUUUCUUCGGAACAUUAAUGAGCCAACUAAUUUUUCCUUCUCCUCAUCAAUGGCUUUCCCAACACCUGUGCAAGGAGCUAAAGGCCCAAUUUUUGAGGAUGGUCCCAAUUUUGAAAUUGCUUUCAGGCUUUUCCAUGGGCAAAAUGGCAUUGUCCCACUUUCUGGAAGAUCAUUUGUGCGUGCUGAGGAGAAAGAUUCUAAACCGGCACCGUUUCAGUUUAAUCCUUUAGCAGCAAAGGCAGCCAUCAUUAGUCUCUCAGCUUUUGGACCUGGAGGACCCUUUGGCUUUGAUGCAUUUUCUGAGAAAUGGAAGAAUCAGAAAAGAAAAUUGAAAUCUUCCAAGAAAGGAAAUUCUUCACAGGGAGGAGACUCGAAGCAUGAGGCAAUGAGCAACGAGUGGUUAGAAACAGGGAAUUGCCCAAUUGCAAAGUCAUUCCGGGCAGUAAGUCAGGUAGUUCCACUCGUUGCAAAGGCUGUUCAGCCAGCCUUUGGCAUGAAAGUAAAGUGCCCCCCAGCAAUUAUUGCAGCCAGAGCAGCUCUUGCACAAACAGCCUUUGCAAAAACCCUGCGACCACAGCCCCUCCCUGCAAAGGUUCUUGUGAUCGGAUUAUUGGGCAUGGCGGCAAAUGUUCCUUUAGGAAUAUGGAAGGAGCAUACCGAGAAGUUCUCACCUUCAUGGUUUGCAGCCAUCCAUGCAGCAGUUCCCUUCAUAGCUAUGCUUCGAAAGUCGGUGUUGAUGCCUAAGACAGCUAUGGCUUUUACCAUUGGGGCAUCGGUAUUGGGACAGGUUAUCGGCUCCAGGGCAGAAAGGCACCGGCUGAAAUCGGUUGCUGCAAGAAAGUUAGCUCUUACAGAAGCCUCAGUUAAUUGCUCUAAGCAGUUGCUAGUUGCCGGAGCUGAAGAUGGACAUUGCAGACUGGAACAAAGUUCCUGCUAAUAUUUAGUGGCUUUGCUUAAAAAAAAAAAAUAUUUAGUGGCUUAGAUCGUGUGGUAUACGACUUGCUGCUGUUCUGUGAAGCUAUACUAUUGAUUUGUCUUUUGUAUUGUUUGUUUGUUCCUGUUAUUGAUUUUCAAUUGUUACAUUCUUUUUGUCCAUUAAUGGAGGAAAUAAGACAUGGAGGCAUUGGAUUA